AACUCUUCAAUAGACAAUCAAAUUCUUGAUAGAAUAUGUGAAAAAAUCUUACCUCGAAUUUAUCAUCAAGUAGAGAAACUUACCGUUGAAUCACAUUCAAUGAAACGUAUUCUUCCUACUGUCAAUUUUCCUCAACUUUAUUCGUUAUCAGUUGUUAAUUUUCAAGAAGAAGUACUUUUACAAUGUUUGACAGAUGAUUCAGUUCUUCGUAAUCUUCUUACUCAACAAAUCACACAUCUUAAUAUCGAUAUUCAGGAUCAAGAAUCAAGAGAAUCCUCUGAAAUUCUAACAAAUUUAUUUGCCUUGAUCAUAUCUUUAUGUACACGAUUAAUCAAUUUGAAUUUUUGUCAAGUGUUACCCGAUCGAAGCUUGCCGAUGUGUGUGUAUAAUCUAUUAUCAACAAAUUGUAUAUCUUCAAGUUUAACUAAAUUAAAAAUUAAUGUCAAAACUUUUGAUGAUUGUCUUUAUCUCCUUGAUGGACGUUUCGAUUGUUUAUCGACAUUGAUUAUUUAUGUGACCAAAAUUUCAUUUACGUCAUCAAACAUAGAUAACACAAAAAAACUUCCCAAAUUGAAAUCUUUCUCAUUAACUUCGAUUACUUACACAUUAGUUUAUGACAUGUGUAUUAUUCCAUUACUUCGUCGAAUGAUAAAUCUUGAAGAAUUAAUAUUAUAUCUGUCCUUAAUAAGAUUUGACUCUACUUAUGUUGAUGGUAUUCAAUUAUCUGAUCAAAUUCUUAUUUAUAUGCCACAAUUAAACAAAUUUACUUUCAGUAUUAACAUAUGGGUUGACAACAAAAAUACUAUAAUUGAUCUUUCAUCAAAUGAAGACAUUCAACACAGUUUUAUUGGAAAAGGAUAUGGACCAGUUGCUUCGAAAUAA